GACGUCAGAUCAGUUUCAACCAAAACAACAUUCUGCAGUGCAAAAAAUACAUUUAAUGUUAAACAAAGGAAAGUUCUGUAGCAUUAGUUCAAACUGUAGUCAUCCUGCCGGCACUUAACUAGGGGCAGUAUGGUGUCCCCUGCCUCAGUGGUAAAGAGUGAAGGGCCAAAGCUGGUUCCCUUUUUCAAAGCCACAUGUGUCUACUUUGUCCUAUGGCUGCCAACAUCUACACCUUCGUGGUUCAGUGCCCUCAUCAAGUGUCUGCCAAUCUUUUGUCUAUGGGUCUUCCUUUUGGCACAUGGCAUCAGCUUCAUGACCUCACAUUGUGCUGCUCAUAGGAUACUUGCAGGACUGAUAUUUUCAGCAUUAGGAGAUGCUUUUCUGAUCUGGCAGGAACAAGGUUACUUCACUCAUGGUCUGCUGAUGUUUGCUAUCACACACAUCUUGUACUCAUCAGCAUUUGGGAUGAAACCUUUGAAUCUGAAGGCUGGUUUGGUUUUUGCACUGAUAUCUGGUCUUUGUUACUCUUUCAUGUACUCAUGCCUGUCUGGCCCACUGACUUAUCUGGUUGGGGUCUAUGUUGCCCUGAUUGGUUUCAUGGGGUGGCGGGCCAUUGCUAGACUACAGCUGUGCAAUGACUUAUGGACAUGGACGAAACUAUCUGCAUGUAUCGGCGCAGUACUCUUCAUUGUAUCAGAUCUGUCCAUUGCAGUCAACAAGUUCUGUUUCCCUGUACCAUACUCACGUGCCAUUAUCAUGGCCACCUACUAUGCUGCUCAGAUGCUGAUUGCCCUAUCUGCUGUUGAGUGUAGGGAUGAAACUCACCUCAAAAAGAUGAACUAAUUCAGGUGACUACCAGAACUUUUGUUAGUUAAAUGAGUGGUACUGGUAAUUACACUUAGGGAUGCUUCUGGCAGUUGUCUGGUCCUCUAAUAGAAUUUUCAGUACCUAUAAUGUAUGUUUUUUUUUUAUUUAAGUAGCUUUUACACAGUUGUUAUAUUGAUAUAUGCACAUGUAAUGUAGAGGAUUAGACUUAAAAUCUUGAGUUUUUCAUUUAUUAGUAGGUAUUAUUUCUCAUUUUUCUUACAAAAAAAGAUCUACAUUUCAUGUCUUAAAUCAAUUUGGGGCAUUCUAAGAAAGAAAAUAAUUUUAUUCCAGUAACAAUGCUGAAUGGAACGACUUUCAUAUAUUUAAUGUAUUCUACAAUGCUAAAGCUGAAUGUUAUGAAAUGUUACCGUCCACAAUGACUUUCUUCUUACAUUAGUUAAAGGACUUUAAAUUCUAGUUUUCCACCAAACAGCAUUAACUUUGCGUGCUGAUCUGAAAUCAGUUGUGAGUUAAGUUCACUGAAAAGACAGUAUUUUCAGGCAGGUAAAUAUCAUUUUGUGUUGACAGAGGCUGUGGUAUACAGUCAGAAAACUUACAGACCCAAUAUAUUAGCAUUUUAUAUGUUUAGAAGUAGAGGAAAUGUGACUAGAUGUUUACUAAAUUCAAUCCAGUGUAAUGUUAGGAAAAAAGUCAAUAUUUAAACACAUUGACCUAUCAGUUGUGAAUUAUAUAUAUCUUGAGUUGUUGCAGUGCAUGUGGAAUCAAUGUAUAGAAGCCAUUUUGAGGCAUAUGUUCCAUAUGUUUUUAUGACCCUCUUAGUUUGUUCUGCUUUAAAAUUUUAUACAUUACCAUAAGUAUCUGUUUGAAUGGCAGUAAUUACUUCCAUCGGAGUUACAAAGUCUAAUUAUGGUUUGUUAUGAUAAAUGAGAAGUGAAACAUUUACAUCUUCUUCAAUGCAAAAAUGUAUUAUUGUUGUACUAUAUGUAAAAUGACCAUACUGCUUCCUUUAUAUCACUUACCUCAGUCACCGUCAUUUAGGCCUCCAAAAAGAAUAUUUCAGAAGAAAAGCCGUAUGUGGACCAGAUGUAAAGCCAAACCCCACUGUUCCUUAUCUGGAAAAUGCUCUGUUUUGGUACUUUCACAAACGUUACUCUUUACCAUCCUUAAUGAUUAUGGAUUUCAGUGUCAUGCAGUUACUGAACGUACUUGCAGAUGGAUAAAAGCAGCAUUGUAUGGAGAUAUAAUGUAGUAGUGCAUUUAACAUAAAAGCACUUAAAGAGCUGUUUAGAAUCUAUACAUUCUAUAUUAGAUUCGUUAUUGGUUUGCAUUUGCUUUAAUGAAAAGCUGGAAAAAUAAUA